CCAAACCGAUCGAUUGAAGUUCAUUAUGUCUUCCAUGGAUAACCAAAAAGCAAUGGAACUCUUUGAGGGCCAAUCUCUUUUGUACAUGCAGCUAUACGGGCACCUAAGACCUAUGUGUCUUAAGUGGGCUGUUCAACUAGGUAUUCCAGACAUAAUACAGAACCAUGCCAAACCCAUUACAGUUUCUGACUUGGUUUCUACUCUUCAAAUUUCACCAUCUAAGGCUGGUUUUGUGCAGCAGUUCAUGCGCUUUUUGGCACACGAUGGAAUCUUUGAUAUCCGUGAGAGCCAAGAUGAUCAUGAAUUAGCAUAUGCUCUAACCCCUGCAUCAAAGCUUCUAGUUAGUUGCAGUGACCACUGUUUAUCUCCAAUGGUUCGGAUGAAUACUGAUCCACUUCUGAUGACUACAUACCAUCACUUUGGGGAAUGGAUUCGUGGGGAAGACCCCACAGUACAUGAGACAGCCUUCGGAACAAGCUUUUGGGGACUUCUUGAGAAAAACCCUACACAAAUGAGUCUCUUCAAUGAGGCUAUGGCAAGUGAUUCCCGAAUGGUAGACUUGGCACUCAAAAAUUGCACUUCAGUUUUUGAAGGGCUAGAUUCCAUGGUGGAUGUUGGUGGUGGAACUGGAACCACAGCCAAAAUUAUCUGUGAGGCAUUUCCGAAGUUGAAAUGUGUUGUGCUUGACCUUCCUCAUGUUGUAGAAAACUUGACAGGAACCAAUAAUUUGAGUUUUGUCGGUGGUGAUAUGUUCAACUCUUUCCCUCAAACUGAUGCAGUUCUACUAAAGUGGGUUUUACAUAAUUGGAAUGACGAAAAUUGCAUAAAGAUCCUGAAAAAGUGUAAAGAUUCUAUUUCAAGCAAAGGCAACAAAGGAAAAGUGAUUAUCAUAGAUAUAAUAAUAAAUGAGAAGCUAGAUGAUCCGGAUAUGACUCGAACAAAGCUUAGUUUGGAUAUAGUUAUGUCGACUAUGAAUGGAAGAGAGCGAAGUGAAAAAGAAUGGAAACAAAUGUUCAUUGAAGCGGGAUUCAAACACUGCAAAAUAUUUCCCAUCUUUGGUUUCAGAUCUCUAAUUGAGCUCUAUCCUUAGACAUAUAUCCUAGCUUGUUAUGCAUUUUAUAGUUUGCGCAUGUUGUGAUGAGCUGAAUAAAGCUAUGAUGGCAUAGCAUUGUCAACUUCUGGUGGAAUUACAAUAUGUUCCUUACCACUAGCUAUAGGUGGUUAAAUGUUCAGUGUACGGAUUUCUCAUUCCUAUUUGGCCAAAAUAAAUUGAAUGAACAUGUAAUGGAUUUAGUAAAUAUCCAAAGUUUUGGUAUGGCUUUUA